UAUAUAUGAUCAUAGUUUUUCUUCAUUAUUUUUCUGGUUUUCCCACUCGUUUACAUGUGAAAUCUCAGAUAAACCCCAAUCCAAAUGUCUAUUGUCGACUACUUAAAUCGUUGACUUGAUACUUAUCGUACAAAAUCAGAAUAUUCCCCGUAAUUCUAGACGUAUAUCCUUCGAAUACUGGAAUCUAAAUACUCCUUGGAUACAUAUAUAUAUACGAGCUCCUAUAAUGUGAAAGUUGUGUUUUUGGUGUGCAAAAAUGGGUGUGUCAAAAAUGGAGUCUUUCGGGCGUUGCAUCGUUCUUGUUCUGGGUUUAAUUCUCAACGAGUCACUUUCAUGCCAUGGUGGAGUUACCAGUAGUUUUAUUAGGAAAGUUGAGAAGACAAUCGAUAUGCCUCUUGAUAGUGAUGUCUUCCGUGCCCCUCCUGGUUAUAAUGCGCCUCAACAGGUUCACAUAACACAAGGCGAUCACGAGGGAAAGGCCGUAAUUGUUUCAUGGGUGACUAUGGAUGGACCUGGUUCAAGUACAGUCUUAUAUUGGAGUGAGAAAAGCAAGCAAAAGAAUAAGGCCAAGGGAAAGGUUACCACCUACAAAUUUUAUAACUACACUUCUGGUUACAUCCAUCACUCCACUAUUAGGCAUUUGGAGUUCAACACCAAAUACUAUUAUAAGAUUGGGAUUGGGCACACGGCACGAACCUUCUGGUUUGUAACUCCUCCACCUGUUGGCCCUGAUGUACCCUAUACAUUUGGUCUUAUAGGGGAUCUUGGUCAGAGUUUCGACUCAAACAAGACACUCACACAUUAUGAAUUAAAUCCAAUCAAGGGGCAAGCGGUGUUGUUUGUAGGCGACCUAUCUUAUGCUGAUAACUAUCCUAAUCAUGAUAAUGUAAGAUGGGAUACAUGGGGAAGGUUCGUAGAGAGAAGUACUGCUUAUCAACCUUGGAUUUGGACUGCAGGAAAUCAUGAGAUAGAUUUUGCUCCUGAAAUUGGGGAAACAAAACCUUUCAAGCCCUACACUCAUCGGUAUCAUGUCCCCUAUAGAGCAUCAAACAGUACAUCUCCCUUGUGGUAUUCAAUCAAGCGAGCUUCAGCAUAUAUCAUCGUUUUAUCCUCAUAUUCAGCAUAUGGUAAAUACACUCCUCAAUACAAAUGGCUUGAGGAAGAGCUACCAAAAGUUAACAGGACCGAGACUCCAUGGCUCAUUGUUCUAGUACAUUCUCCAUGGUAUAACAGCUACAACUAUCACUACAUGGAAGGGGAAACCAUGAGAGUGAUGUAUGAACCAUGGUUUGUAAAGUACAAAGUGGAUAUUGUUUUUGCAGGUCAUGUUCAUGCUUAUGAGCGAACGGAACGGAUAUCUAAUGUGGCCUACAACGUUGUCAAUGGAGAAUGCACUCCUAUUCGUGAUCAGUCUGCCCCAAUUUAUGUAACUAUCGGAGAUGGAGGAAAUUUGGAAGGCCUCGCCACCAACAUGACAGAGCCACAGCCAGCUUACUCUGCAUUCCGCGAGGCUAGUUUUGGACAUGCCACUCUUGCUAUCAAGGAUAGAACUCAUGCUUAUUAUAGUUGGCACCGUAAUCAGGACGGAUAUGCUGUGGAAGCUGAUAAGAUAUGGGUUAACAAUCGUAUUUGGAAUCCAGUUGAUGAGUCCAUGGCUCUUGCUGUUUCAUAAUGUGUACAAUGUCCAUCCUGGGAUGUGGCAGAAGAGGCCUUGUGAGGAAAAUAAAAUAAUGUCGUAAAAGAAAAUUGAAGGAUAUAUAUUUAUUCAAAGUUACUUCUCCAAACAUGAAUAUGGUUGAGGUUGUCAAAUUUGAGUUGCAAACGUGAUUCUAAGCCUUGCAAAUGUGUUUCCAAAGAGACACGUAGAGGCAUUGCAAGCUAUUGUGUCUAUAAUUUCCAUACGUAGCUAGUCACAUAAAGUACGUUUAACAAAAAAUAUCCUUGUAAGGUAUAAAAGGAAACAUCAGAGUACCAAGUGGCGAAACAAUUCAUUC